UUUACAUCAAUGUGACAUAUCACGCGUUUUCAUCACAGUCUCUCACCGCCCUCUCAUCACGCGCGCGGUAGCCAUAGAAACCGGACAGAGGGGCACUUAGCAACAGAAAAGGAGGAGGCGCAGCAUAAUCUGCUGCGAGCGGAGGAAAAACAGCCGAUGCGAUCGACCUUCAUUUCAUCCGGUCCUGCUUCUGAUGGUGAAAACCCGGUCGUUUGUAAAUAUUAAACAUCCAUAAAAUUACAUUCAGCGCUUUUAUUGUAGAUCUCAAUAGGCGCGAUGAAGUUCGUCGUGGUUUUGGUCUCCGCAGGACUGCUGGCUUUUCUCGGCGCGGUCAUCUGCAUCAUCGCCAGCGUGUAUUCGCGAUCCCCGGCCGCCGCGCCCCAGGCGCUGUCCGACAACCGCUCACUGUCGCUCCUGGAGCCGCUGCCUGGAUCCGUAGCGCACGCCGGGCCGCUCGGAGCUCUCCAUGGUGCUGAAUCUUAUGAAGGAGGUUUGGACAUCGGCCUGGAGAUGCCGUCGCUCAAUGAGCUGACUACCGGGGACGUGACUGGGCCAAGCCCGAAACAGUUCACUCUUAAUCGACUCAUUUGUACCCCUGUGCCCAUCAGUGAUUGCAAGUCCAGGGGUUUGAGAGAACAAGCCGAUGACCCGUUCGCCGAUGAGGAGGACUGGAGCCUCCGCACCACCGCUGAGGAGCUCCGGCAGAUCGUCAUUCAGCAAAACGACCAGAUCCUCAUGGACCAGAGGACCAUCACGGAGCUCACCGGGAAACUCUCGGAGUGUGAGAACGGGCUGGAGGAAAGGAGUCUGCACGAGCGGAGUAUGGGGGUAUGGGCGGGCAACCGUCGCCACAUGGUCGGGGAUGAUGUGAGCAGCUCGGUUGCGGUACAGCUGCAGACGGCGUGGGCUGUGGAGGAACUGGAGAGAGCGAUUCUUCAGCUCAAAGAUCGCAUAGAGAAGUUGGAGUUGGAGAUAGGCCCCGCAGCGAUGAACCACACUGAGCAUACUGUGAGCACACUGGGGAGUGUAGUGGUGGGCGAGCCUGGCAGGCCUGUGGAGGAUCUGGAAGGAGAGUUAGAAAAAAAGAUUAGGCUGCUGGAGAAGGAGAGGAAGAACCUCCGGAAAGACACUCAGAGCCACCACCAGCACAUCGACCAGGGAAUCAACACCCUGCAAGAGCGUAUUGCAGAGCUGGAACAGAGUCUUACAGAUUACAGUUACCCACAAGGGUAUAAACUUUCCUUCCCCGUGAGGACUAACUACAUGUACGGGCUUGUCAGGCGGAAUAUUCCAGAGAUGUACGCCUUUACGGUGUGUCUGUGGCUCAAGCCUGCUGAGAAUGGAAUUGGGACGCCAUUUUCCUAUGCUGUACCGGAACAACCCAAUGAACUUGUCCUGUUGCAGGGCAUUCAUAAUCCAGCAGAACUACUCAUCAAUGAUAAGGUGGCACAGCUGCCUCUCUCUUUGCCCCAGGGCAUCUGGCAGCACAUAUGUGUGAGUUGGACCCUGCGGGAUGGAGUUUGGAAAGCAUAUCAAGGCGGAAAGUUGAGAGGACGGGGUGAAGGGUUAUCUGCGUGGCACCCAAUCAAAUCCGGGGGCGUCUUGGUGUUGGGACAGGAACAGGUGAGGAAGACCUUGAAGAGUCUGAAUACACCCUCAAAGGACACCCUCGGUGGGCGGUUUGAUGCAUCCCAGGCUCUUGUUGGGGAGCUUUCAUUGUUUAACCUGUGGGACAAAGUGUUGUCACCAACAGAGGUUGCCGCUCUGGCGGCAUGUGCAGAAUCGCCACGCUUGGGAAACAUAGUCCCCUGGACGGACCGAGAUGUGGACGUGUUUGGAGGGGCCGUCAAGGACCCCGUGGACCCCUGCCUUCAGAGCUCCCAUCCCCGGCAGUGAGCAGGGCCAUGGGUUGAUACCUUUCUUUUUUAAGGCGAGGGUAAAUGAGACAAAAAUGGCCUGAAAGGUAUGACAACUGUGCCGUGGGUCCCGGUCUGUGUAUAGAAUAUAUUUACCAUAGAGCUACACUCUCACUGAGUGUUUGUUUCUGCAGGAAAGGGAUUUGUCUGUGCGUGUGGUUGUGUUACUUCGGAUAGAGCUGCUGCCGAAGGCUUUUAUAGGCCUGUUUGCGUCUCGUGUUGCUUGUGUUAUUUCAUGCCCUUCUUCUCAAAGCAUUACCACACAAUGGUCCCUUCAAAUAUAGAGAAUGUUUUUCUAAUAUGAUGGAUGUGACUCAUUCUCGCAGCACUUGUCUUGCUCUUGUUUCAUUAUUUGUGUAAAGUGGAGCUUUCGCUUCUUUCCCAGAGCAGCUUUUUCCUUUCUUGUUUUUAUUACUGGUCCCUCAGGGUCACUUUUCUUGUAAUACACUGUUAUUUCAGUUUUACAGUAUACUUAAAGGUGUACAACGUCUUAUCUUAUCUUAUCUUAUCAACGUCUAUCAUAAUAUGUCUUAAAUUUUUGUCUUUUGGCAUCUGGUCAAAUGGGUCCUUACCCUGCAGUGUACUUUCUCUCACAGAUUCAGCGAGAUCCAAAACUUUUUUUUUUAAUCCAAAAUGUGUUAUUUGAAGCUUAAUAUCUUAAGCGUCGCACUAAAUUUUGAAGAUCAGAUGUGCAGCCCACACACUAUGAAAAUAUGAAUGUAAAACAGUGUUUAGCUUCUUGUCGUGUUACCAUUGCACUGCAUCUAGCCCUACUUGUCCCCUCACAGAGAAAAGCUUAUGGGGAAGUGCCUGUCUGUUUAUUUGACUCUUGCUAUUGGUUGAUGAUCGGCUGUGAUGUCAUUAUAGUGCUUCUUCAUAUUUGCACCACCAAGGAUCUACAAUGAUAUUGUGACAAAUGUGGAUGAAAAAAAAUUAAAACU